AUGGCAAUCUCCAAUGGAACCGGACUGAAAACUCAUGCGGCAACACAUCCAGUUUGGAAGCGAUGGGUUCGCUUUCGAGGCAAAGACGGCAAUAUCUAUGGAGGCGAGCCUGCGAAUCCUGACAUUGAUGUUGGUCAGGCUAUCGAACAAAACAUCGAUGUCUCUGUCAAGGUUGUUGCUGGCAACUCAGCAUUAAACUACAAUGCGCCAUUCACAGGGGAAACCCAGAUUAUUGAUGAACUCCUUUCUCCUAUCUCACAAAUCGAAGCUGGGACUGUGCGGUGCGUGGGUCUAAAUUACAAGGAACACGCGGCCGAGAUGAAGCUCGCUAUUCCAAACACACCGACCGUGUUUCUCAAAGCCAGCACAUGUAUCGCGUCUGCAUCUGAGCCAAUCAUCCUCCCGCCAAAUGUGGAUUAUGACGAGGCAGACUACGAAGUCGAACUGGCAGUUGUCAUCGGCAAACAAUGCAAGAAUAUCUCGGUGUCCGAAGCAGCGGAUUAUAUUCUAGGUUACUCGGUUGCGAAUGAUGUUACAGCCCGCAAGCACCAAGACAGAACAUCGCAGUGGUCUUAUGCGAAGGGAAUGGAUGGUUUCUGCCCACUCGGACCCUGCAUUGUCUCUUCAGAGCUGGUUCCAGAUGCUGCAGUCUUGAACUUAAAGACCUCUCUCAAUGGCAAGAUCAUGCAGAAUGGCUCUGCGGACGAUAUGAUUUUCAAUAUACCAGAAAUCGUGUCAUAUCUCUCCCAGGGUCAUACAUUAUUACCCGGGACGGUUAUCAUCACGGGGACACCAUGUGGCAUUGGAAUCUCACAGGAUCCCCCGCGAUUCCUUCAACCCGGGGACCAGUUGAGAAUCAGCAUCAGCCAUGGAUUGGGCACCCAAAUUUGUCAAAUUGCGAGGGAUUAG